UCUGUUUCUUUCUCCAGGUGGAUGCCUUAAACCAUGAGUGUUCUGGGACCUCCGUCGAGGCGAACCAACGGAGUGGCCAGAUCGGACAGCAAGAUCAGUGCCAAGGCCCUCUACGAACAGAGGAAAAUGUACUCCAACUCUAAUUAUAUCAUGCAUGAGACGUCGCAGUAUCAUGUUGAGCAUCUCUCCACGUUCAUUAUGGACAAGACAGAGUCCAUUAUCACAGUGGACGAUGCCAUCAAGAAACUGGUCCUUCUGGACUCAAAAGACAAAAUCUGGACCCAGGAGAUGCUCCUGCAGGUCACCGACAAGGCGGUCAGGCUCAUGGACUGUGACACACAGGAAGAGCUGGAGAACUUCCCUCUCCCCACAAUCAACAUGAGUCAGACGGUCCUGAAUCAGACACGUUACCCCUCCGUCCUCCUGCUGGUGUGUCAGGACAAGGAGCAGCACAAACCCGACGUCCACUUUUUCCACUGUGACGAGGUGGAGGCGGAGAUGGUCCAUGCAGAUAUAGACAGUGCCAUUGGAGACAACAAGCAUGGAAAGAAAAUGAGGCUUCAGACUCUGAAGGUGAACCAGGAGAAAAUGAAGCGCCACAGAGAAACUAUCCUCCCCUCGGCCCCUAAGGGCCCCUCACAUGCUGCGAAGGGACGUGCGGCAGCCAUGAACACACAGGAUCGACGACCCUCUGUACAAAAUGACACUGAGUCUCAUGAAAAGCUGGCCCAGCGCAUUGAGAAGGAUGUGCAAAUCCUCAACUGUGCCCUGGACGAUAUUGAGAUCUUUGUGGCGCGGCUGCAAAAGGCAGCAGAGGCCUUUUCUCAGCUCAACCACCGCAACAAGAGUAAGAAGAAUAAGAAGAAAGGACCAGCAGAGGGCAUGCUGACCCUGCGAGCCAAGCCCCCCACUGAAGCAGAGUUCAUUGAUAGCCUGCAGAAACUGAAGCUGGCCCUCAACCUCUUGGCCAAGCUGAAGAAACACAUACAAAAUCCAAGUGCGUCUGAGCUGGUCCAUUUCCUCUUCGGCCCUCUGGAGCUGGUGCUGCAGAGCUGUGGGAGUCCUGAACUGGUGCGUUCAAUAAUCUCCCCUCACCUCUCCAAAGACACUGUCGACUUCCUGCGGGGGCACCUCACCCCCAAAGAGACGACCAUCUUUGAGCUGCUGGGGGAAGGAUGGACCAAACCCAGAGCGGAGUGGCCCAGGGAUCAGUGUGCGCCUUUUUAUCAUCCUAAGUUUCGUAAUGGCUGGGAGCCGCCAUUGGAGCUCCUCAGGACGGCCCCAUGGGAGACUGAGGGUCCCACAGGGCCACUGGGGGGUCCCACCAGCCCCGAUUACAGAAGACACUCAGCUGAAGACUAUUAUAGAACACACUCCUCAAGCUCGUCAAAUGGGUCUUACAAUGAGGUGCCCCCCACCCGCACAUAUGCCAAAAUACGCUACCACUUUGUAGCACGGAAUGCCAACGAGCUGUCAGUGCUGCAGGAUGAAAUCCUUGAGGUGAUAGAGGAUGACAAACAGUGGUGGAAACUACGGAAUCGCAGUGGUCAGUCCGGCUACGUCCCGUUUAACAUCCUGGACGUGGUGAAGAUCGAGGGGCCUGAAGCCUUCUACAACCAGCCAGGCUACAGUACGUCAUCUUCUGGUCCUCUGAGCCAUGGAGACAGCUUCAACAAGGGUAGACCCAAAGACAAAAUGAUGGAUGAGGUCAACUCUGAGCUAUUGAUGAUGAUCACUGCUAACAAAAGCCAGCCGCCCGCCAGGAAGUUCCGUGUGGAGCGAGCAUCCGGCCGCCAAGUACCACUCACCUUUGACUCAAACCCAGAGCAGGUGACUGCAUGGCUCGGCGCAUUAGAUUUUUCGAAACCGACCGUUGAAUGUUUGGGGAUCCUGACUGGAGCUCAACUCUUUUCCCUCAACAAAGAAGAACUGAAGGCGGUGUGCGGAGAAGAAGGUGGCCGUGUUUAUUGUCAGGCCACCGUGCAGAAAGCACAGCUGGAGAAGACCAGAGGGGACUCGGAGCUGCAGGAGAUCUUGAGAGGGCGACAGGAGAGGAUCAACUCCAGCAAAAAAGACUGAACCUGCUGAGCACCACGACCCAUCCAGAUGCUUUCACUCUGUAACUGCAGCAGCUCCUUCAAUCAAUCUUCUGCUAACUGUGAUCAACAGUGGAACAUACUGAGUGGUUAUAAACAUUUUUAAUUGUAUAUUUAUUUUGUAUCACCCAACGUGUAUGUAUUCCAGUGUUUUCUUAUAUAAUUAUGUUGCUUUGGUUUUCAUUGUCUCAUUAAAUGUUGAUGUCGCAUGAACAGAGCAACAUAUGGAUCUAUGCACAGUUUUGUUUGUGUGCGUGUGGGAGCAUGUGUAAGCACAACAUGCAUGUAAUGUACAUAUUUGUACUAGCAAUGUGGUCAAUGUUUGUGCACAUUGGCGAUGUUGCAGCUGUUUACUGAAUGACUAAAAUAAGUAGAUCUUUGCUUUCGCAUAUCUAAAUCUGUGCCAGAAUGUUUGACACAUUUUCUGAUGUAUAGCCAAUUAUUUUCAUAUUACUGUUUACAAGUAUAAUAAAUAAUAAAACACACUCUAUGUAUAUCAGGAGUAGUCUCAUCCGGUUGGUAACUGCAGAUCAGCAGUAGGUAUUAACAUUAAUAAUGUGGUUGUUUAUAAUCAGAACUCAGACAGAGAGAAACUGUCCAUAAUCUUGCAUGCAGUUAUUGUCAAUAACAGUGAGAUGCUGUGAUUAAUGUGUUUUUAUGCAGCAUGAUAUGUUGCAGUGUAAACUGCACAGAAAUAAUGAAGAAUAUAUGAGAUUAUGUCAUAUAAAAUAAUUAAAUGAAGAGUUAGGCAAAACAUUCAAAGACGGUUGUAAAUAUUAUGGGACAAAUUGUUUAAAAAGAAUAUAAUAAAAAAUAAAAAUAACUUGGCAAAU